GUGCCGGUGUGGCGGCAGGUUCCUCUUGAGUUUGAUCAUAAAAUUUUCUAAUUGCCAAUUGCUUUAAAAAAUUUAAGUUAAUUGUGAACACAGGUAUCUAAAUUGUGAUAGUUGGUUUGUCAGAAAAUGAUUACAAUGUUGUUUCUUUAAAAAAUUAAAAAUGUUUAAAAUUACAACUAUAGACAGAUUUGCAAAGUAAAAUCAUGGUCUUUUGACUAAUAGACCAUGGUAAAACUUGCAAGAAAAUAUGAAAAUUGUAUGUUUACCAUGUUUUCUUAUCAUCAAGCCAUCAACGUUAUUGUUUUCCACAUAAACUUGUGCUUUUACUACAGAAACAGUAGUACUGGAAUGAUUUGCUGACAAGCAACUUAUCUUGGUUUCACAACUUAAGAUUGGUAAAAAUGAUUGUGAAACUCGAAAUGUUUUAAAUUUAAUCUCUAUAAAAGCAAAGAGCAAAUAGGAAAUUUUGUCUUUACCAACAUCUUUUUACAAAUCAACACAUUGGCUUUCCGGAUUGAUUGUAAAACAUUAAAACAAAUACUAAAGCAAUAUAUUCAAUCAAAUUGAUUUUUACCUUCAGGCUUCAGCUGCAUUUCGAAUGUCAUCCUUCCGUUAAUUGCUUUCUUACCGUAAACUUCAUCUCAUUUGAUAAACAAAACAAAAAAAGCAGACGACGCUUUUCUUUUAGCUGUCUAAAAAUCGACCCCUUCACUAAAUUUUAACCGCGAAAGCGAUAAAAGUGGGUUUAUCGCAACCGCUCGACAUCCGCCGAACGGAUCGCGAUUAUUUUAGCAUAAAAUAGUUCGUAUCAACAAUUUUACUAUGCCCCCCUACAGGCAAGAAAACAUUUAAGAUUUAAUUUAAAAAAACCCAGAUUAUUUUUAUUAGACGAAACCCGCCAUAAUAAAUUAACUCCACGCGGAGAUUUGAGCUGGGCUGGCAUUCCACAAUUAUUAACACAUUAGUGUCAGGGUUGCUGUCUUUACAUUUAUUGACUUUAUCAAACAAAGAUCGCAUUGAGUUACUAAAAAGUACUUAAGAUAAAAAUGUAACCAAGAUUGACAGUGCUGGGUGGAGACGUGGAGCUUGAAAUCUGAAGAAGAAAUUUCGUCAUCACUGAUUCAUGAUCAUUUCUUCAUUGCAUGACUCAUUGGAUGUGGGCCUCAGCCUCAUUAUUAUUCAUUUUCAUUUAUUAUUCUGGUUUGUUACUGAGUUCAUAACUAAUUAUCAUUGUUAAUUAUUCAAAUUUGUUUGCAUUAACGUUUUUUUUAAACUAACGCAACUAACUCUGUAAAGCAUGCAAAAUGAAACAAACUGUGUACGUGUUUCAGCUACGAGAUGGCGUAUGCAAUGAUAAAUAACAACACGAACUUACAACAACUGUUGGUUCACUUUCUUUUCUCUUAUUUCGAAGAAGGAACUGGUGAACACAUUUAUUUCAAGUGUACUACUGAACCAUGGAUCAGACGAAUAAUGGCAGCUUCGUUUUAACGAACGAAAAUUCUACAAUUAUUGAUGCUGGAAACAGUACGGAAAGUUCUCUAGAUCAAAACUCAGGCCCAUCUGCAGAGCACGACGACACCGUUAGCGUUGUUCUAAUACCGUUGGUUAUUAUUGGUCUCCUUCUUGCCGUGGCAGCUAUUAUCUUCAUUAUAAUCAGAAGAAGAACCACAAAACAAGCAAGACGUCAAUUUGCUCCAGUAUAUUACUCUGUGGAACACGAAGAAAGUGGCAAUGAAUGGGAGUCUCAGCUCAUGGAUGAAGAAUUGGCCAGACAUGCAAACAUUGUUAAGCCUAAUCGUGGAAACCAAGCCAGACUCCAGUUAGAAAGGGGUGGGAAAUAGGCCUAGCUGAAUGACCAUGUUUAAAUGUGAUGAAAUAGAACUAGAACAAGUAUUGUGAUUCAGCCUUCUGAAAUCAAAUUUUUAAGAAGCCAAAAUACAAUUGUGAUUGAAAACAA